UGUUCGACAAACAAAACAGAACUUGUGCAAGGAAAACUGACGACAAGCAGCUACAAGUAUGGACGCCAUGAGAUUCUUACUCAGCAUCGCAGUCGUUCUGAUGGUUACUUUUAUAUCAUUCAGCAACGCAGACCCUGAAGCUGAUCCCAUGGCAGACCCCGAAGCAGACCCCGAAGCAAACAUGGCCUCGCUGCUGAAGAAAAUAUUGCCCCGCGUAGUAAAACUAAUAAAAGGAUAAACAACCCACAAUGGAAACGUCCCACAGAUCUAUAUAUUAUAAGUACAAUGGUGUUUGAAAUAUACAGCAAUUAAUAUAUGCAAA